CCUGUUUUUAAUUCUUGUCUCACUUAGGUGUUCAUGUUUUCCAAAACAUGUAUGGCUGUGAGUGGGAUGAUGAGACUGGAAAGGCUAAGGGUUAUGAUCAGUAUGGUUAUGAUGGAGAAGACUUCCUUACACUGAACCUUGAGACAGAGUCAUGGAUUGCUUCAAAACAACAAGCAUUCAUCACGAAAACCAGAUGGGAUGACAAGGCUCAAAUUGCAUUCUAUGAGAACUACUAUACCACGGCGUGUCCUGAGUGGCUGAAGAAGUAUGUGAACUAUGGGAGGAGCUCUCUGAUGAAAACAGAGCUUCCUUCGGUGUCUCUCCUCCAGAAGACUUCCUCUUCUUCAGUCACCUGCCACGCUACAGGUUUCUAUCCCAACAGAGCUGAGAUGUUCUGGAGGAAAGAUGGAGAGGAGAUUCAUGAUGGUGUACUGAAAGGAGAAAUUGUCCCCAACAAUGAUGGCACUUUCCAGAUGACUGUCGACAUUGAUCUUUCAUCUGCUCCAUCUGAAGACUGGACAAAGUAUGAAUGUGUGUUUCAACUGUCUGGCGAGAAAGAUCUCUUCACUAAACUGGAGAAAGCAAAAAUCAGAAACAACGAUGUAAAUGUGAGCAGCACUACAAUGAUCAUUCCCAUCAUUGUUGCAGUGGUUGUUCUUGCUGCUAUCGCUGUGAUUGGAUUUGUUCUUUACAAAAAGAAGAACGCCAAGCGUCCUCCAUCUCCUGUAGAGAAUCCUGAGGUUCAGCAACAAAUGCUUCCUACAGCCUGAUUGUCAACAUCUAUCCAGAUUGUUUAUAAACAAAAUCUUUGAAUGAGGAGCAGGUUCACCACCAUCUUAGUAACAGAGAAUUACACAUUUAUGGGAUUUAACAAAAAUUGUCCCAAAAAUGAUGCAUCCCUGUGGACCUUGAGAAAAAGCGUAAUUUGAAUAUUUUACUUGCUGAUUGUAUUUUCAAAGUGUGAAUGGUAAUAAAGACUGUUUUAAGUUGACAUAAUUUUGAUUGUUUUGAUCUAGUAAAAACCUUUAUACAAAUUGUUAUAUAUAAAUUAUAUUUUGAAUGACAAAACCACUGGGUCAUUUAGAAUACUGAUUAGUUUUGUCCAAAACACAAGGCAGUUGUGCAAGCUUUUACAAAAAAAAUUACCAGAUUCACAGAAUUCAUUUUUGGUGUUUGGGUUUUUCUUGUAUAUAUAAGGAUGGUGAAUGCUCGUGACUACCAUAUUCUUUUAAAGGGAUUUGAAAUAUCACAUAUUUCACUAUAGUGGUUUCUUUUUAUAACUUUCAAUUACAACAUUUGGUAUUGUGGAACUAAUGAGCUGGAAAUGAUUCCAGAAAUUUUUACUUUUUGUGGAAUGACAAAUGGGAAAUGAGUAACUUUUUUUGGCUGCGUUGACUAACUUCAUUUGUCAGAAAUUGAAUUUUAAUCUCCUUUCAGUAAAUUAUAAUUCCGACUUUUCUGUAAGUAAGACUUGGUUAUUGUCACAUGUAUUUUUAAUCAAUUAAUAAAAUUUACGUUAAUUAUGCAAGGGUUCUUCAUAUUUAUUAAUGCUUUUGUCCUGUUAUAUAUGUUGUAGGAUGAACAGUUUUCUCCCUGUUAUAUUUGUGGAUUUAGAACUUCAAUUGUUGGGCUUUAUUUGAUGCUUUUAUUUUUAAUUUGAAUGAGGAAUUCCAAUGAAGUUUAAUUGCUCUCUUAUCCUGUUUGCUUUUAAAUAAAAUUACUAAUUGUU